AUGGAGGAUUAUACGUAUUUAUUGUCAAAACAAACAUCAGAAGAUGAUUAUUAUGAUUAUAAUAAUAAUAAAUUAUAUUUUACAUAUAAACAACAAGGUUGUUUGGGUAUUCAACAAUCAAGAAUAAAUGGUACAUUUCACGUUCGUUAUCCAACAAAUUCUCCAUUAAAAGUUGAAAAAAUAGAUAUUAUAUUUAGUGGAAUUGGUAUGGUACAAUGGAAUGAAGGGGAUAAAAUAAAUUAUGCUGAAACCAAAUAUUUUGAAUAUUCAUCUUGCGUUUAUAAUGAAGAAGAAAAUCAUCUUCUAAGUUAUUCAGAUUUACCUUUUGAAUUUAUGAUACCUGAAAAUAUUCCUUCUAGUAUUUUAUCAAUUCCUUCUAAAUUAACAAAUCAUCUUAGUAAAGCGAGAAUUUAUUAUUCUAUAAAAGCAAUAAUUACGAAACCAAAGAAUUUAUUAAAAAAAUCAAAGAAAAUUGUUGAAAUAGAAUGUCCAAUAACAAAAUAUGUUCAACAAAAGGAGAUUGAAAAUCAAAACUCAGUUAUAUUAACGAAAAAACUUGAUAAUUAUGAAUAUUCCAUUUUAUUCGAUAAGACAAAAUUCGAUCAAAAUUAUAAUAAUAUCAUAAAUUUACCUUUAAGUAUUGAAAAAGGGAUUCUAAAAAAUAUUAAGAAAAUUCAAAUUAGUUUAAAAGAAAAUUACUUAUUAAAAGUAGGAAAUAAAACUCAUUUGAUAAAAAAUGUAUUAUUUAAAAAAGUUAUUAAUAAGGAAAAAAUUUCUCGUAUUGAAAAUAAUAAUAACAAUAUUAAAUAUUUAAUUAAUUGUAAAUUAUGUUUAUAUGGAAAAAGAAUUCAUAAUAGCGUUAAAACUGAUCUAAUUAAUAUUUGGCAUCAAGUUAAUAUCGAUAUAUCCUUAAAAGGUAGAAGAAAAAUUAGAAUAUUUGAAAAGGUAAUUGAUAUUGUUAGUGCUAUUAAUAAUGAUAUAAAUGUUAUAGAGUCAGAUGUAGAAGAAUGUGAAUAUGAGACAUGGUGA